UUUAAAUUAAUAAAAAUCAUUUGAAAAAUGUCGGGAUUAAUUUCAAACGUGUUUCGUAUACCGUCGCAUGAUAAUUUACUUCCAUGGGGGACUUUGGUUGCUGUUAUUGUGGUUUUGAUAUUAGCAUAUUGGGGGAGUGACAUUAAAAAUUUAUUGAUGACUUACAGUAAAUUAAUAAAAGCGGCUCAAGCAUUUUCGGGCCCUCCAGCGCUUCCUCUAAUUGGAAAUGGAUUGUUAUUUACAGGACAAAAAGAUGACUUUUUGAACACAUUCCUUCGGAUAAAAAAAAAAAAUAAGGAUACCUUUAGAUUAUGGCUAGGACCUAAGUUGCUGAUUGUCAUAACAAAUCCAAAAGAUUAUGAGAUUGUGUUGAAUAGUUCAAAAGUAGCUGAAAAAGCAUUUUUCUACGAUAUGAUGGAACCUGCACUUAUAAAUAGUCUUAUUAAUGGAAAAGGACCAAAAAUGCGUGCCAGACGUAAGAUGGUGAUUCCCAUUAUAAAUGGUAAACAGCUAUCAAAUUAUAUCCAUAGUUAUAAUUUACAUUCUCGACGUUGCGUGGAACUUCUUACAAAAAAAGCAAAUACCGGCGAAUUCGAUGUAUACUAUGACAUGGAGCUUUGUCUUUUAGACAUUAUUUAUGAAACAUUGCUUGGGAUUGAAGGAACUGCUCAAACUAAUGGUGAUGCAGUAAUCGCUCAACUUGUAGAGAAUGCAUUGGACAUUUUUUGGGAAAGAAUAUUUAAAGUUUGGUUGUACCCUUCAUUUAUUUUUCAUCUUACAAAAAUAGGUAAAAGAUGGAUAGAUAGCCUUGAGGAAGGCCGUAAAUUUACAAAUGAGAUAAUAACUGACAAAAUAAAAAUAUAUGAAGCAAUAGAAAAAGGUGAGGCAAAUAUUGAAAGACCUAAACCAUCAAUACUGGGUUCAAUUGUCGAGAAUGCUGUUAAAACGAAUUCGAUGACUGUUGAUGAAAUUCGUUAUGAUUUGAUUGCUCUCUUUAUUGGGUCUGCUGAUACUCUUCAGGGUGUGAUCUCAUUUGCAUUAUUAAUGAUAGCGAUGCACCCCGAUGUUCAGGAUAAAGUACGUGAAGAAAUAUUGGAUGUAGUUGGAGCAGAUAGUGAUGUUUGUGAAGAACAUAUCGGUAACUUGAAAUACAUUGACAUGGUUAUCAAAGAAACUAUAAGACUAUUUCCGGUUGGGCCCUUGAUCGCUAGGAGUGUCACUGAAGAUAUAGAAAUCGAAAAUUAUACAGUUCCAAAAGGCAGCACUCUAGCUAUCUUAGCCUGUGUAACUCAUAAAUCUGAAAAGUAUUGGACGGAGCCUGAAAAGUUCAUUCCAGAAAGAUUUCUGCCGGAAAACUCAAAAGACCGGCAUCCUUAUGCUUUCAUACCUUUCAGCGGAGGUCUUCGUGGAUGUCCUGGUUAUAAAUUCGGUAUGGCUUGUUUAAAAGUACUAAUCGUUCAUUUCGUUCGUAAUUAUCAAUUUAGUACGACAAUGACUCUUGAAACAUUGAAAUUGAAAACACAUAUAUCUGUUAGAUCAGCAAAUGCUUAUGGUAAAUUAGUAAAAGCGGCUAAAGCAUUUCCGGGCCCUCCGACGCUUCCUUUAAUUGGAAAUGCGUUAAUUUUUGCCGGACACAGAGAUGAGCUUUUGAACAAAAUGAUGAAGAUCGGUAAAACGAAUCCCGAUACAUUUAGAGUAUGGCUAGGCCCUGCAUUGGCUAUUGUCAUAACAAAUCCUAAGGAUUACGAGAUUGUUUUGAGUAGUUCAAAAAUGGUUGAAAAAGCAUUUUUUUACAAUUUAAUGGACCCAAUAGUUAUAAAUAGCCUGAUUAAUGGAAAAGGACCGAAAAUGCGUGCCAGGCGAAAAAUGAUAGUUCCCAUAAUAAAUGGCAGACAAUUAUCAAAUUAUAUUCAAAGUUUCAAUUUUCAUACUCGACGUUGUGUAAAACUUCUUACAAAAAGAGUAGAUAAUGGCGAAUUUGAUGUAUUCCAUGACAUGGAACUUUGUAUUUCAGACAUUAUCUACGAAACAUUGUUUGGGAUCGAAGGAACUGCACAAAUUAACGGAGACGCAUCAAUUGCUAAACUUAUUGAAAAUGGAAUAAAUAUUCUUUGGGAAAGGAUUCUCAAAGUCUGGUUGCACCCUUCAUUUAUUUUUCACUUUACUAAAAACGGUAAAGUAUGGAGAAAUUGUGAUAUACUGCUUCGAGAAUAUUUAAAUAAGAUAAUAACCGACAAACAAAAGAUAUAUCAAGCAUUAGAAAAAGGUGAGGAAAAUAUUGAAAGACCUAAACCAUCAAUACUCGAUUCAAUUGUCGAGACUGCUGUCAAAACAAAGUCGAUUUCUAUUGAUGAAAUCCGUUAUGAUUUGAUUGCUCUCUUUGUUGGGUCUAAUGACACGAUUCAUGGUGUGAUCUCAUUUGCAUUAUUAAUGAUAGCGAUGCACCCCGAUGUUCAGGAUAAAGUACGGGAAGAAAUAUUGGAUGUAGUUGGAGCAGAUAGUGAUGUUUGUGAAGAACAUAUCGGUAACUUGAAAUACAUUGACAUGGUUAUCAAAGAAACUAUAAGACUAUUUCCGGUUGGACCUUUGAUCGCAAGGAGUGUCACUGAAGAUAUAGAAAUCGAAAAUUAUACAGUUCCAAAAGGCAGCACUCUAGCUAUCUUAGCCUGUGUAACUCAUAGAUCUGAAAAGUAUUGGACGGAGCCUGAAAAGUUCAUUCCAGAAAGAUUUCUGCCGGAAAACUCAAAAGACCGGCAUCCUUAUGCUUUCAUACCUUUCAGCGGAGGCCUUCGUGGAUGUCCUGGUUAUAAAUUCGGUAUGGCUUGUCUAAAAGUACUAAUCGUUCAUUUCGUUCGUAAUUAUCAAUUUAGUACGACAAUGACUCUUGAAACAUUGAAAUUGAAAACACAUAUAUCUGUUAGAUCAGCAAAUGGUUACAGAAUGUCCAUUAGAAAAAUCACUUCGUAAUUUAAGUUGUAUAUCAAUGCCAUCAUAUUCAGAAUAUAUUUUUUGGAUCAUAGAUAACAGAUUUUCUUUUCGGAUCAAAUAAACUUUUCUUUUCUUCUCGAAUUUUAAUUUGUCAAGUUUUAUUUAUUAAAAAAUUCAAUGGCCAGUCAUUAAAAAAUAAAAAUGCUAUCGAGUUCUUACGUCAUACAAUUGUACAAAAUAACUUUUUAGAAAAAUUGUACGGGAUUCCUUGAUUUUCAAAAUUAAACUAAAGCCAUUUGCUGGAAUGUUUCAAAAUCAAGUCAAUGAA